CUGGCUGGUUGCCACGCUAUGCAUAGACCUACUGGUCCUUUGUAAUGCCCGACGAAAAUUCAGUUUAAUACAAACUGGACGUCAACGCUUUUUAUGAAGUUUAGGUGAGACUUGAAUUCUUGCAUUUCAUCGCAGGGUAGGUCUGACGUGGGCACGGAAAUGUCUUCAAACCUCCUUAGCUACUUAGGCUAAGUUCUCAUCGGAACGCACUCACCGGAAACAGACAUUAACAUUUUUUUUCACAAUUUACGUGCUUUUGUAUGCUUCUUCUCCGCAACUCAAACCAAUAACAGCACAACGUGGUGGUUGGCUAUCAUUAUUGGUCUGUGCGUUAACAACUUUAGUACAAAUCAGUCAGUUGAUCGUGCAAGUUAGCAAGAUUCGUUGCUUAUUUCUGCUGCUUUCAUUCACGCGGGCUGGAUGUAUGUAUGUUUUGCCAGUCAACAAACAAACCGUCUAAACAACAACAAAACUUUACGUUCUAUACAAAUCUUAAAUCAAAAAGUGGAACAUCAACAGCUGUUAGAAUGGGCUCAGCAAAUUGUAAAGAAUCCAAACCAACUGCGGAAACGGUUGAGGAGGUAGCUGCUAAGCCGCUGAAUGGCACUUAUCAGUCUACAACCGAAGACGACAUGUCGGAAUACACGAGCGCUGUAGAGGUCUGCAAUGUCGAUGAUCUGAAGGAUAAUGAAAUGAAAAAGUUCAACUUCGAUGCAGACACUGAAGUGUUGGUGGUAAAGCAGGACGGUGAGAUAACAGCGAUUGGUAAUAAGUGUCCGCAUUAUGGCGCACCAAUGCAUACCGGCGCUUUGGGUCAGGGACGCGUACGUUGCCCUUGGCAUGGUGCUGCUUUCAAUACGCGCACCGGCGAUAUUGAAGACUUCCCGGGUUUGGACGCGUUGCCUUGUUUUAAGGUGCGCGUAGAAAAUGAUGGUAAAGUAAAACUGCGUGCUAAGCGCAGCGAUUUGAAGAAGAACAAGCGCCUCAAGGAUAUGGUGAAGCGUGAUAAGUCUAACCAGCAAUGCGUCGUCGUUAUUGGUGGUGGUCCAGCAGCUGCCACGUGCGUGGAGGCCUUGCGCCAAGAGGGCUUUAGCGGACGCAUCGUUAUGUUGUGUCGCGAACCGUAUUUGCCUUAUGAUCGCAUAAAGCUCUCCAAAGGCCUAGGAAUACCCAUUAAUACGUUGGAAUAUCGGAAUGCGGACUUCUAUGCACAAUACGGCAUUGAGACGCUAAUUGGUGUAGAAGCGACUAAGGUUGAUACCGUGGCGAAAACUGUGCAAUGCUCCAAUGACGAAUCGAUCAAAUAUGAUCAACUCUUUAUCGCUACCGGUUUGAGUGCCAGAAAACCGCCUGUACCGGGAGUCGAUUUGAAAAACGUCUUCACAUUGCGUGACUAUCAAGACUCAAAGGCAAUAUUGGCAGCAAUAACACCGGAGACAAAUCUGGUCUGCGUGGGUGGAAGCUUCAUUGCAAUGGAAGUGGCUGCAGCGCUGGUUAAUCAAGUAAAAUCGGUCACUGUCAUAUUUUCUGGUGAUUAUCCAUUUGCCUUAUUCGGCGAUGCCGUCGGAAAACUUUUCUACGAUCUGUAUCGUGAGAAAGGUAUCAUAAUGAAAAAUCAAAGUAAACUCUCCGAGUUGUACGGCAAUGCCGAGGGUUUUGUCAGACAAGUUGGAGUAAAAAACGGUGACAAAUUUGAAUGCGAUGUCGUCGUUCUGGGCACUGGUUCGGUUUAUAAUACUGGUUUCUUGGAAAACUCCGGUAUUCACGUAAAUCGCAAUGGUUCCAUCAACACCGACAUGCAUCUGAUGACAAAUGUGAUUGAUGUCUAUGCCGGCGGUGACAUUGCCAAUGCACCAGUUUUUGCGAAUGCGAAUCAACGCGAUAGCGUUAGUCACAUACAAUUGGCACAAUAUCAUGGACGUGUGGCGGCACGCAAUAUGACCGGCACCAUUGAGGAUCUGCGUACAGUGCCAUUCUUCUUUACGAUGCUUUUCGGUAAGGGUAUACGAUAUGCUGGACAUGGUUCAUAUACCGACGUGCUGAUCAAGGGUGAUUUGGAGAAUUUCAAGUUCGUUGCUUACUAUCUAGAUAACUAUGGCAAUGUGGUAGCAGUUAUGUCAAUUGGUCACGAUCCGGUAGUGGCGCAGUUCGCCGAACUGCUUAGCCAGGGCAAGCGUUUGCAUCGCUCACAUAUCGUGAAUGGUGAGGACCACUUGAAGUGGACGCAUAAGUUGGAAGAGAAAAAGUCGCGGUGACGCAGUAAAUGUUGAACUUUUUCUGCGUGGGUUUUAUUAGUAACUAAGAAAAAUACGGUUAAUAAUAUAUAGUAUAAUUAUAAUACAUAAUAAAAAUGAGGUUUGACAAAAAAAAAAAAUAAGUAAAAAAAAAUUAAAUAGUUAUUAACACUCGCACCUUUAUAUUUAAUACUCAAGAGAUUGCAAAUGAUACACUUGAAAUAAAUAACAAUAGUGAAAAUAUCCUCGGAUUUACGUGGAGAUCCCUUAGUUAUGUAAUAUUUUUAAGUAUCUUCAAGUAAAGGGAUCGAAUUUAGACGAAAUCAGAAAAUGUAUAUAGAAGGGUACAUGUAUAUUGGUUAAUUUUUGAUUAAUUUGGUUCUCCCUGUAUAACUUAUCGUUAAUAUUAUUGUCCAACUGUAACAUAUCGUUCUUACGAAAAUUAAUCUAAAAAUUAGGGUAGUAAAUACCUACUUCACAAAACAUAGUCAGUUAAUAAUUAAUAAUAUAAAAUAAAAAUAUUCGUAACAUUAAUAAAUGUUUAGUACAAUAUCAGGUCUAAAUUUUUCCCACAUAUAAAUCCCGAAACACUGACAACACUUGCUGUCAAAAAUUAUCUAAAUUCAUAACUAAUCAAACAGAUCGAAGUUGAAUUUUUUUUGCUGUUCAUCAAACAUCAAAUAACUUUUUGUUUUCCUAUUAUACACGUAUGAUUUUUUCUAACGUUAUCACAAAUAGUUAGUGUAUCAUGAAAGCAGGCAAAUGUGACACUGAGGAAACCUGGCAGCAAGUUGGCACACCAAAAAACACAGUACGUAUCGUAUAUUUAUCGUCAUGACAUUCGGUAUCGGGAUAUCAGGUUCGACUAUAUACUCAUUAAAAUGAAUGAAUAUCAUUCGCCGCUGGUGUUGGUGCUCUCCGAUUUCGGUGGCUAUUUGGUUGAUAAAGUACAUAGCAUUGUAAGCAGAACGAUCGUCACUGCUGAGCGAUGAAUGUCCAGCCAUUGUGCAGUAACUGAUCUAAAAGAUAGUAAACCUGAGCCCUGCUAAGUAUGUAAGCCUAGAUGUCGCAGCAAACAGAAUCCAACCUUUACUAUGAACGCUAUACAAGUGGCUUAAAGGUGGUGGUACCCAACAGUCCGAAGAUUCAGACAGUUUUCACUCACCACCAAUGUAAUGUGGGAGGAUCGCAUUUCUGUGGAUCAGCACAAUCAAGUCCAAAUGAAUUUUACCUAACUAUACAUAUGUAUUUAAUUGUAGAUAUAGAGAAUAUCAUAAACAACAAAUACGAAUUAGCAAUAAAUACCUACUCUAAUCCACGA